AUUGAAUUCAAAAUUGCUCAAAAUAGCUCCUGCAAAAAUGACAACAGGAUCGGUUUGAGGUUUUUAUGUCCAUACAUCAAACUAGAUGACCUGGUUGAAGCAUGCGUGCCACAUUUGCAUUUUAGGUCCCAAAAUUCUCAAAAUCUUGACUUUUAUGCGGUUCAUACAUUUGUACUGCUAGUGCUAGUACUACCAGAUCUCGGUGAUGUUUUCCUCGAUAGGUAGUCCGCAUCCUGGCUUGCUGCAAGAAGAAUUAGGUUCUCCAGCGAUUUGGAUUUGGAAAUAGAAACGAUAAGAUGAGGAGGGAACCUCAUCAGCCGGAUGAAGAGAUUCCUUCCGAGCUAGGCCACAGCGGGGAGGCUUUAGCGGUGUCCCGUGGAUACUUCAGCGGCGUCGUGAAUUCCUUCCGAGCUAGUCGUGGAUACUUUAGCGGCGUCCACGGGCCAUCAAGGUCGCAGUUGUCGGUUCCCGGUGCGGUCAUGGCAUUUGUCGAGGGCCGCGAUUUGGAAAGGGUGCCAAUAUUGAAUUUCCCAGAUUCAUCUCCCAGCGAUCACACGAGUUUUGCUGUUGCAGUUGCGGAUGAUCAAGUACAAAAUCAGAUGGAGUCCCUCCCCGCACCAGCUACAUGCGUGAGUCGCCAUCCGCCCACUGUUACUCCGUGGGGAACCGCGCAGCGUAUGCCAAUACAAGUCAUAGACUCCGGUGCUCUGCAUCCCGUGCGCCAUUUGGAAAUCGCUGCGGUAAGAUCGGUUCACGUCGUGCCUGCGACAAGAAGGAGAGGUACGUACUGCAGUGCUUGUGACUAGUAAGAAUGUUGCGCUCAUGCUAGAGCUCCUCCUCGUUGCAGAUAAAGCAUCUGCAGGUAAUCUGAGUCUGUCGUUGAAACGAUGCUAGUAUGAAACUUAGGUGACCACUACCCCUCAGCCGACGGAAGCGAGGUCUUGCGGUGGACCGACAUUCCAUGCGAAGACAGCAUCUACGCCCUUGUCUCCCAGACAUUGUACUUCCUAAUCAAAAGGGUCGGAUUGGAGACCAUCUCCGUCAUAAGGAUAGAAGGUUUCGGAGCCGCUGCCAUGGCCGCUUGCAUCUUGCUGUACUUGCACCGAAAUGACACGAUGGCACCGGUGCACCCGUGCCGCUUUGGCACCACCCCGGCUUUCGGGACUGGUCAUGGCCUGCCCUCCUGUGUACAAUCAGCUUUGGCGCGUAAGGCGGCUACAGAGUGGCGUCGAGAAAUAUUUUACCACGUCGCGCUUCCCGUAUACCAGAAACGUUUUACUUUCUACUUGACUUAUUAUCGUUCAAAGUGUGCGUGAUAUGCUGAGUAUCACGCUCCGGAGAAGAAGAAUGACCUAACGGGAAUCAAAAUUGCGAACAAAAAUACAAUCAGGGCGAUUUAAACUUCACGAUGAGUCGACCGCUUAUGCCUGCUGACCAGCGCGGGGCGCAAGUUCUGGAACUCCGGGUUAACAAUGGACAGUGCGUUCUCUUUCCACUGGUCGGGGACGACAUGAAUACUCUCGACACACGAUUCGUGUACGUGGCGCGCUCAGAAACGCGACGCGAAGUGCGGUACUGGGUCGGCGAAAAAUUCCCGCGGCCAGAUCUAGUGCGGGGCAUACUCGACGAGAUCUUGCUGGUUAGCUGGGUCGAUGUCAUGAAGACUGUGGGGCCGAACGGCCGCAACCCGCAUCUGCCAACAGUCCAGUCAAUCGAAGAGAUUGUCGGGAAAAACCCAGUAUCCCAUGCAAAUAUGUCUGGGUCUGGAAGAAUGCAAGGUUUGUCAUGCUCGGCUGGCAAGACUCGUCACAUGUCUGUGAUGCCAGUUACGCAAAAGGAAAGCCCCCUUUUUUUCUGUCAUGCAGAAGUGCAGUUUGUGUUUGUCAUGCAGAAUAGGCAACCCGAACUGGAGCUACUCUAGAAGCUCAGAAACUUCCCAUGCUGAGCCAUCACAACUUAUCACGACUUGUGGCCUUCUUAGGAUACGCGACGCAGCUAGCAUGACAAGUUUCGAGGAGACCCAAACAUAUUUGCAUGGCAUACCCAAUGCACGGUCUCAACGAAGUGCUCGCGUUUCUGACGCCCUCCGACGACCAGGUCUUGGGCAUAUUCGAGAAAAACGACGCAGCCUUCAUGAAUCUAGAAGUCGCCCUGUUCCACGUUUCCGACGCACGGCUUCAGUAGUACACCUAGGUCCUCCACCUCGGUGAACAAGAUCUUCAUGUUGAUGGCCAGGAGGAAAUGUAGUCCGAUCAUGUUGUACGAUUGAUUCGCUGGUAGUUACAAGUUUUGCGGAAGAUAGCCAAACUCAAAGGAAACUUUUGGUUGCCUCUUGUACCACAGAAAAAUUGAGAUUUCAUCUUCUGCACGGAAAUGGAAAACAAAAAGCGACCUGUAGAUGCAUAAUAAAUUGAGGCAUCGGCUCAGGUGCAAAAAAUGAAUGCUUUUGUUUCGCUAGGAGUUUUUUGCUUCAACGAAAACACUAUUUCAAGAAGACUAAAUCGUGAAACAGUACUAUGCUGUUUUGAUUUCGCGAACCGAAAUGGACCAGAUGCGUCUUGUGAUACGAAGGGAUCUGUGUUGCUGUCGUAUCAACGAUUGCGAGAAGGAGGGAACAGGGAGAGCGCUUCGUUCUGCC